UUUUUUUCUCUCUGUGUAUUCCACUCUUAAUGUCAAAGUCUGAAACAGCCUCGGAAAACUGCAAGACCUCUAAAAAAUAAAACUAUGAUUUUCCAAGCACUUUUGGACUGUAUGGACUUCACAGGUUGGCUGCUGUUGGCUUUUGCACUGUUACUUUUGACAGAUGUGAUAAAAAACUGGAGACGCAGCGACUCCCCCCCCGGACCGUUGGCUUUGCCGUUUUUUGGAAACGUCUUCACUGGUGUUGAUUUCGAAUCUAUCCAGAAGCUGGCUGAGAAGUACGGUCCUGUGUUCAGCUUGAGGAGAGGCAGUCAGAGAAUGGUGUUUAUUUCGGGAUACAAGAUGGUCCGCGAAGCUCUGGUCAACCAGCUGGACAGCUUUGCUGAUCGACCGAUAAUUCCUCUGUUCCACGACACCUACCAGGGCCUUGGCAUAUCACUGAGUAACGGUUACCUGUGGAAGAAACAAAGGAAGUUCACCAACAUUCACCUGCGCUACUUUGGAGAAGGACAGAGGUCAAUGGAAAAGUCCAUUCAAGUGGAAUGUAAUUGUCUUUGUGAGGCGUUUAAAGAAGAACAAGGAAGACCUUUCCAACCACAUUCUACUAUAACCAGUGCUGUGUCCAACAUCAUCGCCUCGGUGGUCUUCGGACAUCGGUUUGAGUACAGCGAUGAAAUCUAUCGUAAAGUUUUGGAGUUGGACAGUCAAGCCGUGUUUCUCGCUGGCUCGGCUCGGGCUCAGCUGUACGAUGCCUUCCCUGGCCUGCUAAAGUACUUCCCCGGGCCUCACCAGACGGUUCUCUCCAACUACAGAGAGAUCAAAAAUUUCCUGAGGAAACAGAUAGAGAAGCACCAGGAGGAUUUGAACCCAGAGGAACCUCGAGAUUACAUUGAUGUUUAUCUGACAGAGAUUGAGAAGAAUAAAGGGGAUCCUGCGGCUGGCUUUAACAUCGAAACCCUGUUGAUCUGCACCCUUGAUAUGGUCGAAGCUGGGACAGAAACAACUGCCACCACUUUACGCUGGGCUCUUCUCUACAUGAUGCACUACCCAGAGAUACAGAAGAAGGUCCAGGAGGAGAUUGACGCAGUCAUCGGUCAAUCUCGUCUGCCCACCAUGGCCGACAGACCCAACCUACCGUACACUGACGCGGUCAUCCAUGAGAUACAGAGGCACGGGAACAUACUUCCCUUAGGUUUUCCCAAAAUGGCCAGUAAGGACAGCAUGCUGGGAGGAUACUUUAUACCUAAGGGCACAGUAAUAUCUGCCAUACUGUCAUCCGUACUGUUUGAUGAAAGUGAGUGGGAGAAUCCGCACGCUUUCAGCCCUGAGCACUUCCUGGAUUCUGAUGGCGCUUUUCGCAAGAGAGACGCUUUCUUACCAUUCUCUGCUGGUAAACGUGCGUGUGUUGGUGAGCACUUGGCCAGAAUGGAGUUGUUCCUUUUCUUCACAUCUGUGCUCCAGCGUUUCACCAUCUCCCCGGCCCCUGGAGAAAAGCCCAGACUGGAGAUUGUGAUGGGCUUUACCAAUGCCCCAGAGGCGUACAGCAUGUUGGCCAUACCUCGAUAAUGUUUUUUUACUCCCUCUAAGCUGCUCCUUCUCUGUAAGACAGGGAGAGAAAAGGAGCUGCAGUAAAGAAGGAUGGAAGAA